UGGCACUACAUAAGGGUGUAUGUGCGUUACUCCCGCUAUGACUAACCAAAAUAGACCCCCACUAACCACCAACAAGGUAACCUCCAACAUAAAAGGUGACAUUUCUACUAAUUUCUCUUUGAUGGGUUGUGUGAAAGAAAGUGGGGAGGCACACGAGAAAGGUUCUGCUGCGGUCCAACACGGCACGGGCGCCCACCGUGAGCGAGUGAGGCGCCGGCGCAUCUCGCCCGGUGGUUGUUCACUUGUUGUUCAGGCCGAAUCUCAGCCGGUUAUGACGGCGGCGCCGCCGCCGGCGCCGCAACGGUGGACCUCUUCUCUUCUCUUCUCUUCACCCGGCGCCAGCUUUUUUCGUUCCUUUUCCUAUCCCUGACCCGCUCUUGCAAGUGGGGAUGCCGUUGCCGUGGUCCCGUCCGACUCAUCGGCCUACACAUGCGCCGAUCCUGCCCGUUGGGCGGCAAGCCGGCAACCGGUAGUGGAGGAGGGAGGACAAGUCAAAGGCCAGCUGAAGAUGCGCCCUUUUUCGCUUCUACGAAUGAUGAGCAAACGCACCAGGCGCACGGGCACGGCCGGCCGGCGCACGCGCGCGACGUCGCCGUCGCACGGGCUGGGCGGCGCUGUGGCCGUCCAGGCGUCUCCUACGUGCUUAGGGCUCGUGGCUGUGGGCUGUGGUGUGGUGCAGUGGGAAAAAUCAGUGACGGGAACACGUGAACAACCAGGGCCGAAAGAAAAGAAACGGGAGACGAAAGGCGAGUGCAGCCGGGCCGGUUCCGCGUCAGCACGUACCUGCCUGCCUGCCUGCCUGCCUAACAGCUCAGCCGCCGACGAGAGACCUGACCCAAGCUCGACGGCCCGACGAUAUUCAUUCCAGGCGUAACCAACCAACGAACUGGGGAUGUCACGAGGAAUCGGCGCCGUUAUCAUCGAGGCUGGCGACGAAGCUUCAACGUUGACGACACAAGGCGUUGGUCACAUUUGGAGGUCGGGGUCGAGCCAGCUGCUGCGACUCAAUUCGGUCUUCGGGUGAGUGGAUGCCGGUUGUUCGGCAACUCAAUGCAGAGGCCCUGCCGCUUCACUGAAAAAUGCUAGAUUUUCGUCACGAAAUGAAACUAAAAAGCAUGUACAGUCAGAACUUAUAAAUCUGAUCCCUCAAACGUC